AUGGGAAGGAAACGUCAGACAUGUGCUCGGGGUGUCACUGCUUCUGAAGUCAAGAAAGAUGUCUCCUAUUUUGCACCGGAUGGAAGGAAGUUGAGCACUUAUUUGAAGGUUGUCAGGAAAACCUCAUCUUCACCACCAAAAGUCGAAGAGUCGGAUGAGCCAGUAGACAAUGUGGAGCUCCACGAUGACUUCGGGGAGGAGCUUGUGCAUAGUCAGAUAAUGUCGAAUGAACUGGAUAAGUGUGAAGUGAGAGGAAGCGAAAGGGUGACGCCUUGUUGGUCAACUUUAACGAAAUCCGGUCAAGGCGGCGGAAAAAUGGGUUUCGACCGUGAGAACUCCACCGAAGUGAUGCAUCUAUUGCUGGAAAAACGAGAAAUCGAAGUCUCCCAACCACUUCAAUUCUCUAAUUUCCUCGCCUUAGCCGGUGAACAGAAAGUCUCAGGUCUCAUAUUCCGCUGUUAUGAACUAGUAUGCUCUCGUAGCGUUGUCAUGGAGAUUGAAAAGAAUCUCGAGGAAAUUUCGAUGCUAAAAGGAGAGAAAUAUAUGAGAGAAGCAAAAACAAGAGCGCUUCGAUCUGCCAGGAGUAAGAAGAAGAACGAUGAGAAGGUGGUGGCUGUAGUGAAAGAGGAACAACAUCUGGAGAUUGAUUCGGAGCCACCGACAAGGCCAGUGACUCCUGAAAAGAAUAGCGCGGCGCCAGUUGCCAGAACUGCUUCUCCCAAUAUUUCGGGUAAUGUCCAGCUUCGGAAGUUCACCCCGGGACUUGUGCUCGUCGUGUCUCUAGAAUCGUUGAGAGGUCAUAAUCCGGCGUGCACUACCAACAAGUACGCCCCCAAAGACCGUCAAAUUCUAUGGCUAAGGGCUUCUGAAGCUUGCGAAAGCGUCGAUAUUAAUGUGAUUGGUUGUCUGGAGGAUCAUGUGAAUGAGGUGGUGUUGCAAACGGCGGAGACGGAAAAGAAGACUUAA